UACUUAAACGGUGAUCGAAUGGGGCGGUUAGAAAUUUUGUUUGAUUAAAAUUAUUUAUUAAGUAAAUAAAAUUAUUGGAUAUAUAGUAUUAAAGGAUAAAUAAUAAAUUAAAUAUUAGUUAAUUAAGUUUAAAGACUGCCACUAACUACCUCGUUAGAUUUUCAAAAUCAUAACCGCCAAGAUGGCCGGUACUAUGGAAAAGUUCUGUGGUACAAAAUUUUGGGACCUAAACUUAACUUGGAACACUGACAAUCCAGAUUUCACCCCCUGUUUCGAACAAACAAUACUAGUAUGGAUUCCCUGCGUAUUUCUAUGGAUUUUCAUGUUUAUGGAAUUGUACUAUUUGAAAGCUAGUUUAGAUAAAAAUAUUCCCUGGAAUUGGAAGAAUAUUUCGAAAGUUAUCUUACUUGUUGCAUUACAUGGUCUUUGUAUUUAUGAUUUCGUCGAAGCCUUUACCCUAAAAGAUACGGAAGAAAAUUUAAUCUAUCCAGUUGAUAUUUGGACACCAGUAAUAAAGUUUGUAACCUUUGCAAUUGCAGUUAUUUUCGUCUUCUUGAACCGAAAAUAUGGAGUUCAAACCUCAGGAACUCUGUUCAUGUUCUGGUUCUUCUUGGUUAUAUGUGCGGCACCACAACUUCGUACUGAAAUUCGUCUUAACUCCGAUCGUCAUGAUCAUAGUUCCGAAUACACCGAUGCUCAAAUGGCCUUUGCCGAUUAUAAAUUCAUCAGCUUCAUCGUAUUCUUUUCAAUCUCAUGUGUAUUAUUAUUUUUGAAUUGUUUCGCUGAUGAUAUGCCAAGAGAAACUAAAUACAAUAGAACACCCAAAGAAAUUCCAGAAGUUUCAGCAAGUUUCUUAUCACGCAUGACAUUCUCAUGGUUUGACAAAAUGGCCUGGGCUGGUUAUCGUAAGCCACUUACACAAAAAGAUCUGUGGGAACUUCGUCCACAGGACGGUUCCAAGGAAAUUAUGCCACUUUUUGCCAAACAUUGGAAUGCAAAUGUUCGCAAGAAUUUCCCAGGACAAAAUCGUGAAAAUAUUGGUCAAUCAACUAUUGGAAAUGUAAGAUUUGAAAAUCCGUAUGAUCCGAAUAGUACAAAACUUGCUUCAGUAAUGUCACCGAUUGUUAAAUCAUUUGGUGGAAUGUUUCUUUUUGGAUCUAUACUAAAAUUGGUAACAGAUCUUUUAACAUUUGCUUCUCCGAAAAUUUUGAAUUUAAUUAUUGGAUAUGUUAAUGCUAAAGCUAGUGGAACGGAAACUGAACCCGUGUGGAGGGGAAUAUUUUACGCUAUAUUGCUUUUCUGUUGUGCUGUAAUUCAGACAUUCUUUUCGGCACAAUAUUUCCAAAAAAUGUACACUGUCGGUUUACGUACGAGAACUGCUUUGGUCAAUGCCAUCUACCGGAAAGCUUUAGUCAUCUCGAAUGCUACUAAAAAAAAUUCAACAGCUGGUGAAAUUGUCAAUUUGAUGGCUGUUGAUGCUCAACGUUUCUUGGAAUUGGUAACUUAUGUUAGCAUGAUUUGGUCAGCACCAUUGACAAUUGCAUUGGCGUUGUAUUUCCUUUGGGAAUUGUUGGGUGUUGCCGUCUUAGCUGGAUUGGUUGUGAUGAUUAUUUUGAUUCCAAUUAAUUUGGUUAUUGCUGGCAAGUCAAAAAAGUUGCAAGUUAAACAGAUGAAGUUUAAAGAUGAACGUGUGAAAAUUAUGAAUGAAAUAUUGGCUGGAAUGAAAGUCUUAAAACUCUACGCUUGGGAACCGUGUUUUGAAGAUAUAAUUAGUCAAAUCCGUGACAAAGAGAUCAAACAACUCAGGGCUGCAGCUUAUUUGAGCGCUGGAACAUCGUUUGUUUGGUCAUGUGCACCAUAUCUAGUUUCAUUGGUAACAUUUGCAACUUAUGUGUUGAUUGAUGAAAAUAACGUAUUGGAUGCUUCAAAUACAAUUGUGUCAAUAUCCUUGUUUAAUAUUUUGCGAUUCCCAUUGGCCAUGUUACCCAUGUUGAUAUCUAAUUUAAUUCAAACUCAAGUUUCGAUAAGACGUAUCAACAAAUUCUUGAAUAGUGAAGAACUUGAUCCAAAUUGUGUUUCACACGAUAAAUCAGCACCUCAUCCAAUGAUGAUUGAACAUGGUACCUUUACUUGGGGUGAUGACGUCAUCCUAAAGGACAUUAACAUCGAAAUUAAGCGACAAACUCUUGUCGCAAUUGUUGGAAGUGUAGGCACAGGAAAGAGUUCUCUGAUAGCUGCAUUCCUUGGUGAAAUGGAAAAAAUAAAAGGCAAAGUUAACACUCUAGGAUCAAUCGCUUAUGUACCACAACAAGCUUGGAUGCAAAAUGCAACUCUUCGUGAUAACAUUCUUUUCGGCAAACCCUAUGAUCGUAAACGAUAUAAUAGAGUUGUUGAUGCAUGUGCACUACGUGCUGAUUUCCAAAUGUUGGCUGCUGGUGAUCAGACAGAAAUUGGUGAGAAGGGUAUCAAUUUGUCCGGAGGACAGAAGCAGAGAAUAUCUCUUGCGAGAGCUGUAUACAGUGAAUCAGAUUUGUAUAUAUUGGAUGAUCCUUUAAGUGCUGUUGAUUCGCAUGUUGGAAAGCAUAUUUUCGAACAAGUUAUCGGACCAACUGGUCUGCUAGCUAAUAAAACUCGUGUUUUAGUUACACAUGGUAUCACUUAUUUGCCAAAGGUGGAUAAUAUUUAUGUUCUAAAGGGUGGAGAAGUCAGUGAAGAUGGUACAUAUUCAGAGUUAUUGAAUCAAAAGGGAGCUUUCGCAGAAUUCUUAAUUCAACAUUUGACUGAGAACAGUGAUGAAAUUGAAGAACUUGAUGAAAUUGCUGAACAAUUGGAGAACACAAUUACAUCAGCUGAAUUGAGAAGUAAAUUUGUACGAGCUAUUAGUCGAGCUAGAUCAGAUAGCAUUGAUGAAACAGCUUCGAUACGAUCAUUUGGUAGCGGAAGAGGUAGCAUUCGUAGAUCAAUUAAAGAAAAAGCAGCUAGCAAUGGUAGUCUUAGAAAACGCAAUUUCAGUCGACAAGAAUCUAUUGCUUCGAUUUCGUCAAAACUAUCCGAUUUGGCUGUUGGUAAAGAUGAGGGUAAAUUAAUUGAAGUUGAAAAAUCACAAGAAGGAGGAGUUCGCUGGGCUGUCUACAAACAAUACAUUCAAAGUAUCGGUGUAGCUUUGGCAAUUGGAACACUUGUUUUGAAUGUAUUCUAUCAAGGCUUUUCAAUUGGUUCGAAUUUAUGGCUAACACAAUGGUCAACUGAUGAUCGUGUUGCAACUGAUACUGGUCUAAGAAAUAUGUAUUUGGGUGUUUAUGCUGGUUUUGGAUUGGGACAAGUUCUUGUUGAUUUCAGUUCUAGUUUAUGUUUAGCCCUUGGUUGUAUCUAUUGCUCAAAAGCACUUCAUGAAUUCUUAAUGAAGAAUGCUAUUCGCUUCCCCAUGGAUUACUUUGAUACAACUCCUUUGGGACGAAUUUUGAACAGAUUCUCUAAAGAUGUUGAUACUGUUGACAAUAUAUUGCCACUCAAUCUUCGUAUGAUGAUCAGUCAAUUUUUCUCGGUCAUAGCAACUAUAACUGUUAUUUGCAUUUCAACACCUAUCUUCCUUGCUGCUAUUGUACCAAUGGCACUGAUCUACUGGUUUGCUCAAAGAUUUUACGUUGCAACAUCGAGACAACUUAUGCGUUUGGAAUCCGUUACUCGUUCGCCAAUUUAUUCGCAUUUCAGUGAGACUGUAACUGGAGUUACAACCAUUCGAGCAUAUGGAGUUGGAGGAAGCUUUAUCGAUGAAUCUGAUAGUCGAGUGGACUUAAACCAACUGUGUAAAUAUCCCAGCAUUGUUGCCAAUCGUUGGUUAUCUGUAAGAUUGGAGACCAUUGGUAAUUUGGUGAUUUUGCUUGCCUCUUUACUUGCUGUAUUGGGCGAUCAAAAGAAUGCUGCCUUAGUUGGUUUGUCUGUAACCUAUUCCCUACAAAUCACUCAAACUCUCAACAUGUUGGUUAGAGUGUCUUCCGAUAUUGAAACUAAUAUUGUAUCUGUGGAACGUAUCAAGGAAUAUGGUGAUAUCAAACAAGAAGCCCCAUGGGAAAUCGCUGAAGUUAAGACUCCACAAGGUUGGCCACAAGGUGGACGUGUGACUUUUGAAAAUUACAUGGUUCGCUAUCGAGAGGGAUUAGAUUUGGUUCUAAAGGGAGUAACAUUCGACAUCAGCGGUGGUGAAAAGGUGGGAAUUGUUGGACGUACUGGUGCCGGUAAAUCAAGUUUGACUUUGUGCUUGUUCAGAAUCAUUGAAGCAGCUGGAGGUCGUAUUACCAUUGAUGGCGUUGAUAUUUCCAAACUUGGUCUACAUUUGUUACGUUCGCGGUUGACCAUUAUCCCACAAGAUCCUGUCUUGUUCUCUGGAUCAUUGCGAAUGAACUUAGAUCCUUACAACAGAAAUAGUGACGCUGAAAUUUGGUCAGCCCUAGAAUUAUCUCAUUUGAAAGAAUUUGUCAAGAGUCAGCCAGCUGGCUUGCUUCAUGAGAUCAAUGAGGGAGGUGAAAAUCUUUCAGUUGGCCAGAGGCAAUUGGUUUGUUUGGCAAGAGCUUUGUUGAGAAAAACUAAAGUUUUGGUAUUGGAUGAAGCAACAGCUGCUGUUGAUUUGGAAACUGAUGAUCUUAUUCAAAAAACAAUUCGUACUGAAUUCAAAGAUUGCACUGUGCUUACAAUUGCCCAUCGUCUUAAUACCAUUCUCGACUCAGAUAAGGUUAUUGUUUUGGACAAAGGUGAAAUUAUUGAAUUUGCAUCACCGACAUCAUUAUUGCAAGACAAAAACUCAUCAUUCUACAGUAUGGCUAAGGAUGCUAAUCUUGUUUAAGGGAAAUAUUUUACUGAUUAAGAGCUCGAUAAAAUGCUAACGAUAUUUUUAUAUAUAUUUUUUUUUUAAUUUAAUCGCUUUUGUAAAACGACUAUCUAAUCUUAAGUUAAAUUAUUUGACGACUUUUUUACUUCUGACAAGUGGAAAUUAUGAGAUUAAAAAAGAAAUAAUAAUAAAAAUAAAAUUUUUAAUAUUAUUAAACGA